UCACAGCUUGUUUCUUCUCUCUCCACAGCAAGAUUGAUAAUACAUGUGGAUGGAACCUCACCCAGGCAGACUGACCACACAGAUAUUCCAGGAGCUGAGGCCCACUUCCAGGAUCUUCACACUCUGACCAUCCCCAUCAUUCCCUCUCUCCCAUUGAUCCCAGCAAACUUUUGACUCCCUAGUUGGGUGACAGAGGACUGCAAAGCUGCUGUCCACGUGGACUGGGGCUGAUAUCUCCCGUCCAUCUGCCAGGACCUCCCCAUCCAAACCCAGAGACAUGGCAACCAAUGGGACCAAGAUUGCAGAUGGGCAGAUUUCCACUGAGGUCAGUGAAGCCUCCAUCACCAAUGACAAGCCCAAGACGUUGGUGGUGAAAGUACAGAAGAAGAAGUCAACAGAUCUUCCUGACCGGGACACCUGGAAAGGCCGAUUUGACUUCCUCAUGUCCUGUGUGGGCUACGCUAUAGGACUGGGGAAUGUUUGGCGCUUUCCCUAUCUUUGUGGAAAGAACGGUGGUGGGGCAUUUCUGAUCCCUUACUUCCUCACUUUGAUCUUUGCUGGAGUCCCUCUCUUCCUUCUGGAGUGUUCCCUGGGCCAGUACACAUCCAUUGGAGGCCUCGGGGUUUGGAAGCUUGCUCCAAUGUUCAAGGGUGUAGGGCUGGCUGCUGCCGUGUUAUCCUUUUGGCUCAAUAUUUACUACAUUGUUAUCAUCUCUUGGGCCAUCUACUACCUGUACAACUCAUUCACCACAACGCUUCCCUGGAGACACUGUGAAAAUUCCUGGAACACAGACCGUUGCUUCUCCAACUACAGCAUCGCAAACACCACCAAUAUGACCAGCGCUGUGGUGGAAUUCUGGGAGCGCAACAUGCAUCAGAUGACAGAUGGGCUGGAGAAGCCAGGACAGAUCCGAUGGCCACUGGCUAUCACCCUGGCCAUCGCCUGGAUCUUAGUGUAUUUCUGUAUCUGGAAAGGUGUUGGCUGGACUGGAAAGGUAGUCUACUUCUCUGCCACGUAUCCGUACAUCAUGCUCAUCAUUCUGUUCUUCCGUGGGGUGACACUGCCUGGAGCCAGAGAGGGAAUCCUUUUCUACAUCACUCCCAACUUUGGCAAACUGUCUGACUCAGAGGUGUGGCUGGAUGCAGCAACUCAGAUCUUCUUCUCCUAUGGUCUGGGGCUUGGAUCACUUAUUGCUUUGGGAAGUUACAAUCCAUUCCACAACAAUGUCUAUAGAGACUCCAUUAUUGUUUGCUGUAUCAAUUCCUGCACCAGCAUGUUUGCUGGCUUUGUCAUCUUCUCCAUUGUGGGCUUUAUGGCAAAUGUUACCAAGAGACCAAUUGCUGAUGUUGCAGCUUCAGGUCCGGGACUGGCAUUCUUGGCGUACCCAGAAGCAGUUACCCAGCUGCCCAUCUCCCCACUGUGGGCCAUCCUCUUCUUCUCCAUGCUACUCAUGCUGGGCAUUGACAGUCAGUUCUGUACUGUGGAAGGAUUCAUUACUGCUCUGGUCGAUGAGUUCCCAAGAUUACUCCGUAGCCGAAGGGAGCUCUUCAUUGCCAUUGUGUGCAUUGUCUCCUAUCUGAUUGGCCUUUCCAAUAUCACUCAGGGUGGGAUUUAUGUGUUUAAGCUUUUUGAUUACUACUCAGCCAGCGGGAUGAGCCUCCUCUUCCUGGUAUUCUUUGAAUGUGUUUCUAUCUCCUGGUGCUAUGGGGUCAAUCGGUUUUAUGAUAACAUCCAGGAGAUGGUUGGCUCCCGGCCCUGCAUCUGGUGGAAACUCUGCUGGUCCUUCUUUACUCCAAUCAUUGUGGCGGGUGUCUUCAUUUUCAGCGCAGUACAGAUGACUCCACUCACCAUGGGCAACUACGUGUUCCCCAAAUGGGGGCAGGGAGUAGGCUGGUUCAUGGCUUUGUCUUCCAUGGUCCUAAUCCCUGGCUAUAUGGCUUACAUGUUUCUGACCUUAAAGGGCUCCCUAAAGCAGCGCCUGCAGGUCAUGAUCCAGCCCAGUGAAGAUAUAGUUCGUCCAGAAAAUGGGCCAGAGCAGCCCCAGACAAGCAAUUCAGCCAACAAAGAAGCUUACAUCUAGCAGGUUGCCCGUGGCACCAAGACCAAGAGGACGCUGGAGAAAACUAUCACUCAAUCCAACCUGGUUGAACAUGACCACAAAUUGAUGUCUGAAGAUACUAUCGAUCAACCUACCUCUAGUGGCAAAAUAAAAGACCAUCACUACUCAAAGGGAAGUGACAUGGGGACUGUCAGACCAUUUGGUGGGCUCCAGUGGGUGGAAACGAUUAGCGGCUUUCCAGCAAUCCACAGACUGUUAGUGUUUUUAAUCCUUUCUCAAUAAGAAUUGAAUUAUUGUGGAAUUUGUAAUUAACAAAUAGGGCAUUUUUAUCCCACCUUGUGGCACAACCAAUGCUUUGAGGUUCUGUGCCAUGGAUUUUUUCAUCCUUUUCAUGACCUAUUUCUUACCCAGGACUGUUAUCUCUGAAUUUGCAGGAGUGCAAUUCCAUUUGAAAGCUGUUUUGUACGUGUGAAUACAGUAUUUUGUAUGCUGAAGAUUUCCAGAGAAAGCUUGCCCUUAAGGUGUCCGUAACCAGCUCUGCUCUUUGGUUAUUUCUUGCGUUCUUUUCUCUUUGGAGGUAGCUUAAGCAGAGUGACGUUAACCACCCACCCCAAAUCAGAUCAGGAAGGUCCAUUUCUUAGAGCACAGGCUUAAUCCUUCCCCAGAGCUGUUUGCUGCAAAACUUUCCAUCCCCAAAAGGAAACUGCCAAUCAGGCUUUUCUAACCAUCAGCCUAUUUUCUCUCUUACUUGCCCAUGUGGGUAUAGGAAGCACAAAAAGAAUUUUUCCCAACCAUUCCAGGGGCAAAAUGUCCCAUUGCUGAAAGUCAGCAGAGGUGGUGCCAUCAUAUGUUGGUUCUAAGAUGCCUGACUCAAAGUACAAAACAGCUGCAGAUUUAGCCAAAUUAAAAGGGCCUGUCCAAGGCUCGGCUCUGACCUGUUUGCUAAUUAAUUUCUCCCUUUCCUCUGCCACCCCAUCUGAAACCUCAGCAUCUCACCAUCAUCCUUGAGUUUUACACAGUAAAGGGCUUUCCUCUAUCCCCUACCCGCCAAUGCCAGACAAAGUCACCAGUGUUAUGCCAGGGACCCCGUUAACCCUUUGAAGAUUUAACACACACAUGUGCACACAACCUUUUGGUUUGGGGGAUUUGGGUUGUUUAUUUUGGGGAGUUUUUUUUCCUUUUAAGAAAGUAUAUCUUAGUGGCAGUUGUUGUGGUGACAGAGCCAGUAGCAGUGACAAGAUGACAAUGGCCUUGGCAUGAAGACAGUUUCUCAGUAAAAUACUAAUAUUCCAUUCACAGAGCAUCUCUCCUUUGGCAGCUCCAAGUAAGACAUCUGAAUAUUGAAGGAUUCCAGUGUCUGAUUGUAAACAGCUGAGAGAACUGUUUGAUGCAGCAUGUUUUGCGACCAACUUUCUGUGCAUCAUAAAUAAAUCCUUAGCAAGCCCUCAAACCGCAUAGGGCAAACCUGUGACAAAUAUGGUAACUAACUGUGACUUGGUUUAUCUUUUUUGUCGUUUUUGUCUGAAGGUGACCAACAUAUACCCAUUCUUGCAAUAAAGUAUUAUUCUCAGAAUGUUAAGCACAUUAUUGUAGAAAACACAUAUAUACAUAUAUAAUAUAUAAAUACACACAACACAUACACAUCUAUUUCUGCUCGCAUCAUCCCCAGUCUCACUCGCAAAAUGUUGUUCAAUAGUUUUGAAAUCAUUUCCAAAUAUAUAUAUAGCCUCAACUAUAAGACAUUUUCAAUGUUGAUAGCUGAACUUAUGAAACAAAAACAUCUUGUAAAUCUUUGGAGUUUAAGAUGAAGAAAAAGAAACCCACCGUAGUAUAAUCUCAUGCUAUCACAGCCAUCAUUCCCAUGCUGUCUCUGAACUCCAUUAGUAUUUUAAAAAAAAACCCUCUUCCACCUUUUUUCUCUCGUGUUGAAUGUUAAGUGGAUUCCAUGUUGUUCUAAGCUCCAUGCUGAGUAUUUCAUGUGUGACUGUAAACAUUUGUAAGGAAGAUGUUUGGCAAGAAGUCCCUGAGCUGGUUUCUGCCCAGACAUCUCAUAUAUAGCACAAAAUUAGUGUUGUAGCCCUCUUAUGUGAACUGUGAAUAACUGUAACUUUUUGUAGUAUCUGCCCAGAAAGAAAAAAAAAGAUAUUGUAUUAUCAUAUAUGCUUUUUGCAAUAAGGAAUUUAUUCUCAGAAACACCAAGCAAAUUUAUCUCUAUAUAAAAAUAUAUAUGUAAUAUAUACAUAUUCAAAACUAUAUACAGAGCCUGUUAAAAGAGUACAGUAUUAUUUAGAAGGGAAAAAAGACCUGUUCUAUGGACCAAAUGUAAAAUAUUUAUAAAUGAAAAUGCAUUUUAACUGUCUAUAAAUGGUGUCAUAAUUAAAGCACGAUUGUUAUGUAAGUUUCCAAGAGUCUAGAGAGACAAAUAAAGGUACAUUAUAUGA